AUUCAAUAUGGCGUGGCGGCCAGCAAACAUUCUAACCUCAAAUCAAAUCAGCUGAAUUCCCACACAAAAACAAUGUUCAAACUAAUCCAAUUAUUACCAAAAAGGCCCCUUUUACAUAUGAAAAAAGCUCGUAAAAAUGCACGUACCUUCCUAUCGCAGGCCUACUAUUGCGAAGACGCCUGGCGUCAAAGACUAAACAGCCCCCUUCUACAGAAAAUCAACCUGGAAGAAUUCUACUAUGAACUAGAGCAGCGUUACCAGAAAUCCAGAAGCCUUAACGCACUGGAUAUCGAUAUAUUCGCCAACGCAAUUCAAAAUGAUCAGUUUUGUGACGAAAUUCUUGAUCUGGUGCACAAACUCAGGCUUACAGCUGACACUGGAAACGCUCCAGAGUCUAUGAGCCACGCUGUGAUCAGAUUACUAGCUCAGAAUCAGAGAUUUGAUGAUCUAUUGGAUGCCUUGGAUGACAGGCUGAAUUAUGGACUUUUCCUGGAUUAUUUUACAGCAAACUUGCUUAUGGACAUUUUCUGGAAAGCUAAAAAGUAUGCUCAUGGAGCUAGAGUUGCUAGCCAGUUGAUGUUGCAAGAAGAACUAGAACAUCCUUUGUCUAAUGAUUUAGCUCUUUUGCACUGCUACAAUUAUCUAUUGAAACCAGAAGGUUGGCCUGUACAAGAACCACCAGUGGAACCUGAAGAAGAAAUCAAAAUAAGAGUCAAAUAUCUAAGAAACCCCUGGAAUGAUGAUCAUUUUGAUUUAAGAGAAGACAAAAAAAUCAUUGGAAAAACUUUAGCCAUGAUUGGCAAGGGUAAAACUGACCCUUUGUACCAAAGUUUCCACAUCUUGGGCCUUGCCUUAUACCAAAAACCCUACAACAACAUCCCAGUAACAACUCCUUUAUACAAAGAAAUCUUAGACUUACUACCAGAACCACAUACAUUUGAAACAGAAUCUAUUGAUGUUAACACUAAGCUAAUUGACAAUGUUAAAAACAGUUUUACCAAAACCCACCAACAAGACAUAAACCAGCAAUGCAAAAUCUACCAGCAAUGGGAACAAAAUCGCCUCAAGUCAAUGGAAGACCAGAAACAGCGCCUUCACACAGCCAAAAGACUAGAAAACAUCAAAGACCUCAAACAAGCACUCAAAGAAAAAGAAGAAAAACUUUGGUUCUUUGAAAAUGAGGAACAGAUUGACUUGGCAAUUGAUGCCAAAACCAAAUUUUACCCCAAGAGAUGGUUUGGGCAUAAAAAGAAGCCUAGACAUGUUGAUGAAGGUUACAUACCACCCCAAUAA